UGAUGCGGCGCGCGUCGGCGUCGCCCUCCUCCCAUUGAGCGAGGCUGUGUCGCGUGGCCCAGCGUCGGCGUGACGGUUGGACGCGGGCGCGGCACUGCGGGUCCCGAUUGCUGCAGCCGCUUGUCAGUGUGAUGAAGAUUGGCACCCAGGCUGCAGAAGCCGGCCUCGCCAGCCUGCUGCGUCUCAGGACCUGCGGCUCCGCUCCUCCAGGUGCUCAGGCACCCUCCGCUUUCGGCUCAAGAUGAUCUGAGGACCCAGGGAAAGCUGAGAACCAUGAUGGCCACGCAGACCCUGAGCAUAGACAGCUAUCAGGAUGGGCAGCAGAUGCAGGUAGUCACAGAGUUAAAAACAGAGCAAGACCCCGCCUGCUCUGAACCUGACGCGGAAGGAGUGCGUCCCCCUGCUGCGGAGGCUCCGGCCCCGAUGGACGCGGACAAGCAGGCCAUUUACAGGCACCCGCUGUUUCCGCUGUUAGCGCUGCUGCUGGAGAAGUGCGAGCAGUCCACGCAGGGCUCGGAAGGCACCACAUCGGCCAGCUUCGAUGUGGACAUCGAGAACUUCGUCCGGAAGCAGGAGAAGGAAGGGAAGCCCUUCUUCUGCGAGGACCCCGAGACGGACAGCCUGAUGGUGAAGGCCAUCCAGGUCCUGCGCAUCCAUCUCCUGGAGCUGGAGAAGGUGAACGAGUUGUGCAAAGACUUCUGCAGCCGCUACAUCGCGUGCCUCAAGACCAAGAUGAACAGCGAGACGCUGCUGAGCGGGGAGCCGGGGAGCCCCUACUCCCCCGUGCAGGCCCAGCAGAUUCAAAGCGCCAUCACGGGCACGCUCAGCCCUCAAGGAAUCGUGGUGCCCGCAUCUGCCCUGCAGCAGGGCAACGUCACCAUGGCAGCGGUGGCAGGCGGCACGGUCUAUCAGCCGGUCACCGUCGUCACUCCGCAGGGCCAGGUGGUCACCCAGGCAUUGUCGCCCGGAACCAUUAGGAUCCAGAACUCACAGCUGCAGCUGCAGCUGAACCAGGACCUCAGCAUCUUGCAUCAAGAUGACGGCUCCUCCAAGAACAAGCGGGGCGUCCUGCCCAAGCACGCCACCAACGUGAUGCGCUCCUGGCUCUUCCAGCACAUCGGGCACCCCUACCCGACGGAAGACGAGAAGAAGCAGAUCGCUGCUCAGACGAACCUGACGCUGCUCCAGGUUAACAACUGGUUCAUCAACGCUCGGAGACGGAUUCUUCAGCCCAUGCUGGAUUCCAGUUGCUCAGAGACCCCAAAAACAAAGAAAAAAACAGCUCAGAGCAGGCCGGUUCAGAGGUUCUGGCCGGACUCCAUCGCGUCGGGAGUCGCACAGCCUCCGCCAAGUGAGCUCACCAUGCCGGAAGGCGCUGUCGUGACCAUCACCACGCCCGUGAACGUGGACAGCCUGCAGUCCCUGUCCUCGGCCGGGGCCACGCUCGCCGUGCAGCAGGUCAUGAUGGCGGGGCAGAGCGAGGACGAGUCGGCCGACAGCACGGAGGACGACGGGGGCGCACUGGCCCCCGCGCACAUCGGGGGGCUCGUGCUGGAGAACAGUGACUCCCUGCAGUAGGCGGGCCUCGGCCGCGAGCGGACGUUUUAUAGUUUGCACAGCAAACGUCUUACAGUUUUAUUCCUAAUUGUUUUAUAUGUAGAUAUAGAAGUGCACUUUUGUAUUUCCUAGCAAGCUUCCGGAGCGUCUUCGCCAGUGCAGCGACUCCUCUGCGUGUGCGUGUGCGUGUGCGUGUGCGUGGGUUUUUAAAGUUAACUCUAGAGCCGUGGCGCGUGAGCCCGUGCGUGGGUUAAGGAGCAGCGCGCCGUUCUCUGAUCUGAGCAGCGCCGCCUGCUCGUGGCCCGCGGGUUUGCGGGACGCUCCGCGGCCGACGUGCCAGCGAGAGCUGCCGGCCGCACAUGAGCAGACCGUGCGUGACCCCGGAGGGCGCAGACGGCGGUUCCACCAAGCCCAGCUCUCCCGUCUUCCGUGAGCCUGUUUCAUUUGCUAUAUAUACUGAAAAAGAAGCUCCUAUUUUUACCUUGCUGGAAUUAUUGGAUAAAAAGCUAUUUUUAUAAAUUCGUUAUGAAUUGGAUUAUGACUGUAUUGAGGAUAAAAAUUUCUAGAGGAGACCCAGUACCUGCUUCCCGCCCCCGCCCGCCCCAGGAUUGGCUUUCCGCUCGCAGAGAGACGGCUGUCGGUGAGGCUGGUGUCUGACGCGCACCCGCGUGCUGCUCCGAUUGCGUGUGUGUGCAGGCCUGGUGAGGGGACGCCGGGGAGGCGAGGAGCCACGCAGCCCGUGACGAGCCGCAGCUCCCCCACGGUGCCUGAGUGUCGUUUUAGGAGUUUUUAGUCCACAUGCGUUCUGCGCAGGAUUUUAUGGUGGACUCUGCACACGGAGCAGGUGCUCUGCCCCGCUGGCUCAGAGCCGGCAGAGGGCGGCAGCCGUUCCCGCUCCAGCAGCCGACGCGCGGUGGCUCAGGCGCACUGGGCGCAGCCGUGGGCCCUCCCGGUGUUGAAGGCUGUGGCUUCAGAGCCCCGUGGAGCCGGGACAGAGACCAGCCCUGAGAGGCUCGGGGCUGCGGCUAGGAAGGCGAGAACCAGGUGCGUACUGGGUGCCUCUGUGUCCUCGCCGGGCGCCCGUCACGGGUGGGGGGACGGGGCUGUCCUCCGGGACGCAGUGGCCGUGAGGGGUUGUGGACCAACGCUGGGUUGAGGGACGUUUUUAACUAGUGCAGAGAUUCUUUUCUGGAACUGACUUUUCCCCCAUAGAAACGCGUGUACUUGGUGUUAAUCGUAGGGGGAUUCUCCCUGAGGAACCCAGAGACGCAGGAGACGCAGAGGUGCGCCAGCUCCUGUCGGCGAGAAAACGCAUUCUUAGGCGGCCGUUGGGUUUAUUAUUUAUAAACAGGUUUUAACAUUUUACGUCAGGUCUACACAAAACGGAAAGAUCACUUUAACUUUAUUCCACGAAUCUUUCUUGGACUUUCUGGGACUUCUUACUUCUCCCUCCGUCCCUCCACGCGUGUCUUGGCGCAGUCACGGAUGGUGGGCCCCCGCCGAGCGGGCCCCUGGCGUGUGGGCUGCUGAGUUCUCUGCUGACGUCAGCCCUCUGAGGCCCAUGGUGAGACCAGGGCAGGGCGGGUCUCAGGAGGAGGACCUGUGUCCACGGUGAGACCAGGGCAGGGCGGGUGUCUUAGGAGGAGGACCUGUGUCCACGGUGAGACCAGGACAGGGCGGGUCUCUUAGGAGGACCUGUGCCGCGCGGCCUGAGCUCCUUCCCCUCGCCUCACAUGACCACGGUGCUUUCAGGCAGCUCCCCCGGGGUAGCGCCCACGGCUGUCUCGCGGCGACCAGCACAGUGGGGGACCCUGUGGCCGCCGUCCCUCCAGCCCAGCUGCGUCCUUGUCCAGGAGUUCCCUUAGGAAGGCCGAUGGGCUUGUGGCCCUCGUGCAGCUCGACGGUGAGCAGGGCUCCGGCAGGUGCCGGCCGGAGCCGACUUGGCCUUCCACGUGACUGCACGGUGAGGGACGGACAGGUGUCAGCCCGGAAGGCCCAGGGCCCUGACUCCGAGGCAUCCGGGCUCCCUUCUGUGUGACAGACCCCAGGGGACCCCGCAGGCUCGGCCGUGCGUGAAGCCCCGCCCCUCCCGGGCCUUGGGGACGGUCAGGUCAGCAGUCUUCCUUGCUUCAGUUCUGUUCGGUCUUUGAAACUGACAAUCUUUAAAAUGUGAAUACUGUGACGAUGUUUCUCGGAUUGUUGUCUUUAAAAGGAUUUUUGUGGAGCAAUUGAUCUAUCAAAUCAAAAAAAUUAAAAACAGAAACAAGCCUUAUGGACACUU